AUGGGGGCUUGUAAGAGUAAGGCCCGGGCUAAGCGCCCCGGGCCAAAGACGGGUGGAGCUGCUGCCGGCCUCGCAGACAAAGAAGAAGAGGAAUCUCUGCAGCAGCAGCAGCAGCAGCAGCAGCAACAGCAGCAGCAGCAACAGGAAGAAGAAUCCCAGCAGCAACAGCAACAGCAGCAAGAAGAAGAACAACAGCAGCAACAGCAACAGCAACAAGACCUCCUAAAGAGCAGCAGCAACAUCCCUCCCCCAUCCCCCCCCCCCCUCCCCCCCAUCAGCAGCAGCAGCAGCAGCAGCAGCAGAAGAAGAAGAGUUAGUAUCCCUCCCCCUGAUGACCCUCGCCAAUGGAGUAACAUAUGCGGGGCAAUGGAAAGGCAGCGUAAAGCACGGACGGAGAUUACUAUGAUGGGGAAUGGCGCGGAGACAAAGCGAAUGGUUUUGGGGUGUAUAGACACCUGGAUGGUAGUGAAUAUAAAGGGGGAUGGGUUGACGAUAAAAAACACGGAAAAGGAGAAGAGAGAUGGGCUGAUGCAGAGGCAGGCGUCGUUGCUGCUGCAGCAGCAGCAGCAGCAGCAACAGCAGCAGCAAGUGUUGCAGCAGCAAGGCAGCAAUAUAGCCAAUGGGAGUGGAUUCCGCACACAGCACUCAAAUGCUUUAGGAGCUUAA